GAGCCGCGGCCCAUGAUGGCGGCGGGGCCGUGGCCGGCGCUGCUGCUGCUGCUGGCGCUGGGGUCGGGGCCCGGUCCCAGCCCCGGGGCCCUCGGGUACUUCCCCGAGGAGCGCUGGAGCCCGGAGUCGCCGCUGCUGCCGCCGCGGGUGACGGUGGCGCUGCUGGCCAGGAACGCGGCGCAUGCGCUGCCCGCCACGCUCGGAGCCCUGGAGCGGCUGCGGCACCCCAAGGAGCGGACAGCGCUGUGGGUGGCCGCGGACCACAGCGUGGACAACACCACGGCCCUGCUGCGGGAGUGGCUGCUGCGCAUGCGCGGCCUCUACCACCACGUGGAGUGGAGACCCCAGGAGGAGCCGACCUCCUACCCCGACGAGGAGGGCCCCAAGCACUGGUCCCCGCUGCGCUAUGAGCACGUCAUGAGGCUGCGGCAGGCGGCGCUGGAGGCUGCUCGUGCUGCCUGGUCCGAUUACCUGCUGUUCCUGGACGCUGACAACGUCCUCACCAACCCUGACACCCUGGGGCUGCUGAUGGCCGAGAACAAGACGCUGGUGGCGCCGAUGCUGGACUCGCGGGCGGCUUAUUCCAACUUCUGGUGCGGGAUGACGGCGCAGGGUUACUACCGCCGGACCCCCCUGUACCUGCCGGUGCGGCGCCGGGAGCGCCGCGGCUGCUUCGCGGUGCCCAUGGUGCACUCGACCUUCCUGCUGGACCUGCGCCGCGCCAGCGCCGCCGCGCUCCGCUUCCACCCGCCCGGGCCCGACUACACCGGGGCCCUGGACGACAUCAUCGCCUUCGCCUACGCCUGCCGGAGCGCUGGGGUGCAGAUGUUCGUCUGUAACCGGGACGUUUACGGGUUCCUGCCGGUGCCGCUGCGCUCCCAGAGCUCCCUGCAGGAGGAGGCCGAGAGCUUCCAGCACGUCCUGCUCGAGAUCAUGGUGAAGAACCCCCCCGCAGAGCCGUCCCCCCACGUCUGGGUCCCCCCCAAGGUCCCCGACAAGAUGGGAUUCGAUGAGGUUUUCCUCAUCAACCUGCGGCGCCGCUCCGAGCGCCGGGCGCGGAUGCUGCGGUCGCUGCGGGAGCAGGGCAUCGCCUGCAGGCUGGUGGAGGCCGUGGACGGGAGGGCCAUGAACAGCAGCGAGGUGGAGGCGCUGGGCAUCCGGAUGCUGCCGGGGUACCGGGAUCCCUACCACGGGCGCCCGCUCACCAAGGGGGAGCUCGGCUGCUUCCUGAGCCAUUACCGGGUCUGGCAGGAGAUGGCGGCGCGGGGGCUGCGCACGGCGCUGGUGUUCGAGGACGAUCUCCGCUUCGAGAUCUUCUUCAAGCGCCGCCUCAUGACCCUCAUGCAGGAGCUGGAGGCCCAGGGGAUCCCCUGGGAUCUGAUUUACAUCGGCCGGAAGCGGAUGCAGGUGGAGCGGCCGGAGCGGGCGGUGCCGGGGGUCCGGAACCUGGUGGAAGCCGAUUAUUCCUAUUGGACGCUGGGGUACGCCCUGGCCCUGCGCGGGGCCCGGAAGCUGCUGGCGGCCGAGCCCCUGGGGAAGAUGCUGCCGGUGGACGAGUUCCUGCCGGUGAUGUUCGACAAACACCCACUCACCGAGUACACGAAGCACUUCCCGCAGCGGGAUCUGGUGGCCUUUUCCGCGGAGCCGCUCCUGGUGUUCCCGACCCAUUACACGGGGGAAGCCGGCUACGUCAGCGACACCGAGACCUCGGCGCUCUGGGACGAUGCGGGCCAGGAGCAUUGGGACCACCGGGAUGCUCAUAGGGAUGCUCACGGGGAUGCUCAUGGGGAUGCUCAUGGGGAUGCUCACUGGGAUGCUCACUGGGAUGCUCACGAGGAUGCUCAUAAGGAUGCUCAUGGAGAUGCUCCUAAGGAUGCUCAGAGGGAUGCUCAUAAGGAUACUCAUAAGGAUGCUCACUGGGAUGCUCAUGAGGAUGCUCCUAAGGAUGCUCAUAGGGAUGCUCAUAAGGAUGCUCACAAGGAUGCUCAUAGGGAUGCUCAUCGGGAUGCUCAUAAGGAUGCUCACAGGGAUGCUCGCCCGCAGCCGGAGCUGCACCGGGAAGCCCGGAACCCCGAGGUGCUGCAGCCUCGGCUCAGCCCCGCGCCUCGGGAUGAGCUCUGA